GUGUAUUAUAAAUCUGAAUAAAGUAUUGGACGGUAGUAGGUGCACAUUGCGCGUUUGUCGUGUCGUCUUUGACCGCAGCAGACUAGACGAGGGCCGUCGCUCCACAACCGGCGGGCAUGAAGUGGAUCACCGGAGCGCAACGAAAAGUAAUUUGUACAAAAAACCAAAUUCAACUCAUUGCGAAUGCCGCGUUGUUCGUGAUGUUUUGUCUGACCGCACAAUAUAUCGGCGGUCAUUGUUGCUAGUCGUUUUUUAUAACGAUCGGACUUCUAAUGCGCCGGUAAUGUUCCGCGUGUUCCUCGCAUCGUCGGACUUUCCGUUUUAGUUUUUAAAGUUUCUUCGAUGUUAUUCUGGUGCUAAUUGCAAUCGGCUUGUUUUCUGUUCUACUGUGUGAACAAUUUUAGAACAAAAAGUGGAUUCUUUGCAGGACAUGGGAGUUUUUAAAUGGUUGCGCCGGGAGCGCGUGACUGUUACAACUCGUCACAACUUAAGCGCAAACUCAUCCACACCUGAGAUCCAGCACCCUAUCACUACCACACAGAUCGGCACUAUUCGCACGGAGGAGUACAAACGAGAUUUAGCCGAAUUCCAAGCGAGAAGAUCCUCAGGAAAUAAAGAACAGAUAAUAACACCCGUUAAGAAAAAAUGCGGAAGACAUUCCUUGCCCGUGUCUUGUACAGACUGCACCGCAGACCACGAUAAUACUUUCAAUUAUGAGAAGAAAUCAGCCGUUAAAUACAAAAAGAAAACGCAUAAACGCGCUCGAAGCACGACCCCCGAUCGUACUGGUUACGGAGGCGUUCCGAACAUACAAUUUCUGUUUCAAAACCAGGUGUUCAUGCCUGGGAAUGUUUACCCGGCGUCGUCUUUUACUGAGCCUCAGAAAUGCAAACGACAAUCACGGCACAGAAUAAGUAGGUCCCCAGACAUGGACUUCAUGGUUCAAAAGCACAUUGACUUUAAAGACGACGAUCAAACGGGCGCUUCGCCUGCAUUCUGUAAGAACAACUCACUUCCAUUUACUGUGAACACUUUCUUAGAGUGUACUAAGAGUGAUGAAGACGAGGUGGACGUGGGUAAAGCAGCAGGAGACAUCAAGAUAUCUAGUCAGGUUUCAUCACUGAGUCCCAGGAAGGAUGAUACCGAUGAAAAGCUUUGGGAAGUUAUGAGUGAAUUGAAGAAUUUGGAUCAGUGGGCUGAUGAGCAACUGCAGGUGCGGUCCUCCUGCAAGUCCGACGAUAGUAAAAGCGACACAAGUGCUUACGGUUUACCGAUAGCCAGCGCAAGUAAUCUUGACGUGACGGUAGACAAAAAUAAAUCGUGGAACCUUGGGAAGUGGGGCGUGGUGCCUGUCCAGAUUAAGAAGUUAAGUGGAGUCACCAUUAAUCACGUUAGGAAGAAACUGAACACGGAGAUAAACAUAUUGAGAAAGUGUCGCCACCCUAACAUAAUACUUCUGAUGGGGAUAUAUCCAGACAUACAUAAAAACGUGCACAUCAUAUGUGAAAGAUGCGUCGAUUCCCUCUACGGUAUACUUCAUAUACAGGGUCGCAUACUUAGUGCUCAGACUUCAGUGCAAUAUGCCCUCGACAUAGCUAACGCGCUGGUGUUCCUACGUAUGCAAGGGUACGUCCACACUGAGCUGUCCAGUGCCAGUAUUAUGAUAACAGUUCAUGAUGCAGCCAAGCUCGCGGAUUUGGGGUCCUGCGUCAAGUUGGAUAAGCCGCCGGAAAGGAGACCGAAAGGAUAUGAUCUGUAUUCGCCCGAACCGCAGUAUGUGAAUAUUGACGAUACCCAUGAAUCGGAUGUAGCAGAAUUCGAGCCACUGUUAUCUGCGCAUCCCUCAGAGACGUACAUAAGUUCGAACGCGGUCCCGAAGCCGUACGAGUUGUACGAACAGUCGGAGAUGUACAGAUGGCAGGCGCCGGAGCUGUUCCAGCCGCUCGAUGAUGGCAUGGUGUACCCUUGCGCGAAGAGCGAUGUCUACUCCCUGUGUCUCAUUCUAUGGGAGAGCUGUAAUGCUGUUAUGCCAUGGAAGAACCUGACUUACGAUAAGUUGAGGGAACAAUACACGUUAUGGAAAACGGGCAUCCCGUUACCCCAGGACGGUACUUACCCAGGGUGUUUGCUGUCUCUACUGCAAUCCGGGCUGACUCUACAGCGAAACGAUAGAAUCGACCUUGAAACACUGCAGAAUACUUUACAGGAUGCUAAGCGCAACCUCGACGAUCUCGGCUACAUAAUAAUCCCGGCACGCCUAACAAACAAGCGGUCUACAUUCAGCUCCACCGCCUGGGACACCACAUCCCCCACUGACUCAGACUGCGUCAGCCCCCUCAACGUGGAACACAAAGCUGUCGUCCACAACGCUAGAGAUAGCUCAACAGAAAGCGAAAGAGAAUGCAGCAAGAGUGACGCUUGUCCAGUCUACGAGACCGUCCUAAAAUCUCAUGCUGAUGAGAUGUCGGUCGCGGAGAAAUGCUUUGUUUCCGAUGAGGACCCGUCCGACCGAGCGCCGAUCAUACGGUACGAACAUCUACCGGAAAAGGACUACUCUAGCGCUUGUUCAACACCCAUAGCCAAAAUAAAAGCCAGGAUCAAAGACAUGGAUACUCCCGGCAGUUUGCACAGAAGCGACUCUACAGAAUACUGCAGCAUUUUAAGCCCGAACCGUACUGUUAACUUUGCGAACGACAGCAAAGAUCAAAGCGUUGAGCGCCCACACACUAAGCUUAGCCGAAGCUUCACACCUAAGUCCUACAAACCACUGCAAAUUAAAGUUCCUGAAUAUAACUUCGAUUCCAUUAAACCUUUGUUGAAAGAUCGGUCUAUAUGUGAACGAUCUUCGUACAAUUUUGAUAUCAAGAACUAUAGUUUGCCGACGACGCCGAUUGCACGCAGCAAUAAAUUGAGGAAGAAUGCAUGGCUGUCUGGAGAACUGAGUGGUAAUGACCAUAGUUUUGAUGGCAAUAAGGACGGUUCUUUAACACGUUCUGUAACUCCAGAGAAAGCAGUAUUUAACAAGCUAAUGAAUUCCGCUCCUGAGACGCCUGUGACACCAGAGAACAUUUCGUUUGAGAUCAAUAAUGUGAGUCUAGAAAACAGUACUCCCGAGAAAGAGAACCACCAGGACGCUUCGCCAGAAAGUGUGGAUACCGUACGAGACGGGACCUCUGGCCUACGCAGAAUAACUCCACCUCGUGAUUUCUAUUCACCGGAGACCGAAGAAAUUCGCGAGCGCGUCAGUUCGUGCUCGCUCAAGUCCAACCAAGACCGGAACAGCGCUAAAUACAAGAUAGAGGAAGAUGUACUGGCCAGCGUGAACGUGAAGCCGCUGGUCGCGAUCCACGAACGGUGGAUAUACGAGGCGAAUAGGAAGACUUGCCGGUCUAUGUCACUGCCUGAAGAUAGCAGGAGUCAGAUAUCAGCGGUGAAACCAGCAUCCCACUGCGUGGACACCCUACAGAAGUCCCUGCCGCAGUUGAACCCUAAGAAACUCGGAACUAAAGUGUUCCGCAUGCGGCCGACAUCGCCCAGCAACGGAAAGAAUGGCAACCAAUGGGAUCAGUUUUGUCAGGCUCGCGACGCGAUUGCUAAGAGCGUCAACUUUUCUCGGAGCCCCGAGGUUGCCCGGCGAAGAGACUCUGAAAAAGGAACUACGACAGAGGAACAAAAAGCGGAACCCAAAAUCGACCAGUCAACCGACACGAGGAGCAUAGAGGAUUACAUUCGAGAUAUGAUACGGAAGGAGUUCCAACACCUGCUGCACGAAAUAUCAGACGAAACGUCGACAGCCUCCUCAAUACCGAACAAAAACGAAGACAUAGUCAACAAGGGCAUCGCUAACAUCAUGGAAUCACUCGCAAAUAACGAUGACAGAACGAUAAAGAAAGAACCGAAGUCUUUCUCUCGAGUCAAGAUUAACGGGAAUAACAAACCCUUGUUACAAAUCACUUUCAGUCGUUCCGGCGAGAACAGUUUACAAGUUCUAGACAACUGUGUGAACGUGACCAUCUGUGAUAGCACUGGUAACGUGGCGUGCACUAAGGAUAAGCAGAACCAGUCGCUGGAAGACACGCUCACUGAAGAAGUGCACGUUAACGCUUUGAAGAGAUGCCAGGCUUUCAAUGCUUUACAGGAAGCUAAAAGCACCGAAGAUCUAUACAUAGACGACGACUUAUCGACGAUGCAGGACAACUUCGGUGGCCGAGUGAAACUGAUACCGCUGCACGGCUCCCUACACGAGAUAUUAUGUGAGAAAGAAGACGAGUGCUGCCUCAUCAAGGUGAAGCAGGAGAACGGCUGCGACACGAUAUACUUCCGCUGCGAUAACUCUGACACCGAAUCGCGCGACGCUAUCGACGGAUCCACAGACAGGGCUCAGGACACCGUGGUCUUCAAGCGUAGCAUCUCGCUCGUCGAGGAGAGGAUACAACGCGUGUUCCCCAAAGACAAGCGCUGUUCCGCGGCCCUCGCCCGCAAGCCCAAGCCGCCCGACACACUGCGCGUCAGGCCCAAGUCAGAGAUAUACGUGCCCAAGCUCGACAUCGAGUCCCGCGCCAAGAGCAACAGCAGCCCCUCCUUACCCACCUGCGACAAGUCUGACGAAGUCGAGGUCAAUAUAGAGAACGUAAUGUGCUACCAGGACUCCUCGUCUGACGAGUGCGUCAAGUGCCAGGCCGAGGCAGACGACUUCGAGAUAAUGGAACAGAAGAUCGACGCGGAGAUCGCGCAGAGCAACAAGUCGUCGCUCACCUGCGGCUGCCUCGCCAAGAUCUCCGAGGAGAACCUGUCAGUACUGACCGACGACAAGGACUGAUUCAUUCUGUUGAUCCAGAAUUAAGAACUUUAUUGUUUAGUUUUAAACAUUAUAAAUGUUGAAGCCAUAGUACAAAAUAAUUACAAACUCAUUAUAAUUAUGGGCGAAUAAUAUACUGUUGUUUUGUAAACUAAUCGAAAAUAUUCGAAAUGUCCAGUUUGACAAGUACAAAGUUGUUAGAUUUUUGUAUUACACGAUUUGCAUUAUAGUAAAUUAUGUCGCUGAUACUAUUCCAAUUAUGUUUCUAAUUUGUACUCGCAUUUAGAAAACCCAAAGAUAUUUUCAUAGGUUUUCUCUUAUUUUAGAUUAUUGCCGUGUUUUAAUUUGUAGCGUUUUAGUAUUUAUAGAACAAUUCUAUGUGAUUUAGAGUAAGUGGCACCAAUACAUUCCACUGUUGUGAUUUAUAGAAUAGAUGCACCUUAUAAAGGUUUUGCCUUAUCUUUAAUAUUAACACUUUUAAAUGUAUCUGGUUGUUUUAUAAUCCAUUUCUAUUAUUUUUAAAUUGUAUUAAAUACACCAAAGGUUAAUUAGUUGCCUUGCGUGGUACUAUUUUAUAUGGCUUAGAUUUUCUAAAAGUGCUGGUUGAUUUAUAAAAUGUGUACUAAGUGAUUUCUAAAGAUUCCGUUUUAAAUACUAUUGUUAUUAUGUGUUGAUUGAUUUUAGAUGUAACUGUUAAAAAAUAAAACUUUGUACUUAAAA